AUGUUACGCUCUCCGGUCUCACCUGAGCGAUCCUCUGCCCGCUCCCCAAUUCCACCUCGACCAUCCUUCGACGACGAAUUGGGACGACCUGGCUCCUCUGGGAGUGAUGCCUCUUCGAUUUACUCCAAUGUGACUACCGUGUCUGCUGUCCAGAACUCCCUCACUGAAAAUAGUGCUGUUGCCCCAGGCACAUCUUCCCCCCGGUUUCCCCGGACCUCGUCGACCGCCACGCCCAGCAUCAACGGCAGUGCUUCCCCAGGCAAUAUCUCCAGACGCCCCUCGGCCUCGUCAUUGAUGCCCCAGAAUGAAAUGUCCAGCAGAAAGGUAUCCGGUCGAGUUGUUCCGCCGGAACUGGUGAGACAUCGCUCCCGCCAUCACUCACAGGGAUUCUUCGAGCCAUCCCUCCCGACGGCGUCCUUAGCAGAUGUCACGCUCUCCGCCUCCCGAAUCGCGGCACAGACGGCGAUGCAGCAGCAAACCUCUGGUGCGCAACAUCCUCCCAAGCGAAUACCACCCAGCGCUCAGAGUGGCGAUGAUGGAGGGAGACUCAGGAUGGGCGGGAGCGCUUCUCCUCCCCUACCUCCAACACCGGUUCUGACAGCGUCUGGCUCCGCGACUUCUUCGGGACAAGCAAGUCAUAAUGUGAGCGCGGGUGUGGCUACGACAGCUGCCAAUCUCGUGUUUUCCAGAGGUCCUGGGUCUCAUGCGGAACAGGCGCAGCCGGAGCGUGAGCAGAAGUACAAGGGGGACAAGCCGAAGUUGAAGCUGUUCUCGAAACCGAAGCAUAUCGGAAUCAGUCGUGACAAGGAUCCUUACGGGAAAGACAAGGGCAUUCCCUCACCGAGCAAGAUGGGGUUUGGCGGCUCAGGCGGGUUAUCACGCAUUGUCAGCGGGUCCACGGAUACGCUCCCGUCGAGCAAUUCGUCCAUGUACAGCAUGUCCAAUGCGUCCAUCAACACGGUGGUUCCGGCUGACAGGCAAAUGUCCGGUGAGAAGGAGAAGGAUAGAGACAAGGAGAAGGACAAAGCUCAUAAGCACCAUUUCUUGUCGCGGCAAAAGCUCAAAUUGAAGGACAGAGACGAUCACUACAAUCUGCCUCUGUCUUCGGCCUCGAGCAACUCGAAACCGUCAGACCCGAAUGCACCGCAAUCUCUCUAUUCCUUCACUCCUGCCUCUCCCAACGCAGGGUCGACCACGUUUAGCAAAACCGUGGGAGGGCUAGACCUCUUGCAUGGGGCUCGGGCGCAUCGAGAGAAGAAGAAAGAGGAAAAGCUGCGAGAGGAAUUAGAACAAGACUCAACUGUCGCUGGGAUGACGCCUGCUGCGUUUGCCGGACCGUCAUCACUUGGAACUUCGGCGGGAAUUCUGCCUGAAGCCGCGUUAAGGGAGACACUGUCGGGCUUCGGUCUUCAUAACAUGACUCCGGAGGACGCAUGGGAUUUUUUGAAGGCCAAGCUGCUGGUGAUCUUUGACGGUGAGGACGUGCGCAUCGCCAUCGAGGAUCUCAACAAAUUGGUGCUCAUCCACAUCCAACGUUGCGUUCAGAAGCGUACACCAACCGCCAUUGUGCAGGAUCUCCGGGAACUACUUGAGACAGGGUUUGCCUCAUUGAACCACACGUUGAACGGAGUGCCCGACGAGAAGCUGGUUCCUCAUUUGGUGCAAAUAUGGCUGCUUGUCUUUGGUACAAUUCUCCCAUUCAUCCAGGCUGUCUUCCUUCCGCUAGACCUGGAAUUUCGUGGUUCCGGAUCCGUGAUGAACUUACGAGAAGCAAAGGAUUUUUGGAACUUAGUCCCAGCUAAGGACGGUUCGGAGAGCGAGCUCGAGGUUCGGCACCUGGUUCUGGUCGCGUUUCGUGACAUGGUGAUCCUCAAACGCUACGAGGGCCUCAAAGCCACCUUUUCUCGUCUCAGCCUGGAUAGUAUCAAUGUAGGCUCAUCUGCCCUCAGCAUCACGACCAAGAGCAGUAGCAAUAGUGGUCGACCAGCCACGGCUGCUUCUCUUGACGCCGGGUUUGGCAGUUACAGCUCUCAAUCAUCUACACUUCUGAACGCUGCGGGCAGUUACUCCUCUGAUUCAAUAAGCAACCGCAGUCGUGCUGCCUCCAACACGUCGUCCAACCCUGAUCAACUCAUCUUUCAGUCCUUCUCAUCCCCGUCGCAACGCGCGACCAUUAUCCACCGAGCAUCACAUACAGCAGAUACUUCCCAGCUUAUUACUGAGACCGUCGGGCGGAUGCUACAGUGUCUCAGUGUCCUAGCCAGCGUGCAGACAGGCAACCAGGCGCAGGAGAAGAUUGAGACUCUGAGCAAAGCGCUCAAACACAACUGGCUCGGACGCGGACGGACAGGGCGAGACCGACGCGGGUUUGUUGGAGCCAAGAUUCGGCCCACCUUAACGACACGGACGAAUAGUGAUGACUCUACGAAAGAUACAAGAAAUGGUGAUUCGGGCUGGCAGAUGCGGGACGGACGCCAGGAAUUGAGUGUCCUGUGA